UUGGGUUCUGAUUCGAGUGAUGGUGAACUAGUGAGUUUUGUGUUUUUGGAGCAGUGAAAGUGUGAUCAAAAUGGGUAAACGUCUUCUAUGGAUGGUGCUAGCGGUCGUGGGUGUGGUUGGGGCUACCUCGGUUCUAGGACCGGAUGGAUAUCAAGAUUCGAAGCCGUCAAUACCGUUUUGUGCGAAUGGUGGAAGUGGUCCGGACUGCUCCGUAGAAUCUACAUCAAUAACUAUUGACGAACCAAGCUGUCCAGGAGGUGGAAAGUGGCCAAACUGUGCACUAACAAUAUCUUCCUCGUCAGUAGCACCAGCUACCCCGGCAACAACGCCGAAGCCAGGUUGUUCGAAUGGAGGUCAGCUUCCGUUCUGCUGCACUAACGGUGGAUCCGGUCCAGACUGUGAAGUCCCCAAACCUGUAGUCAGUUGCACCAACGGUGGAGUUGGACCGAAUUGUGAGAUCCCUGGACCGCUGUCUUCGCCGCAGAUUUCAUGUGCCAAUGGAGGUAUCCCUCCGUUUUGCUGUGAAAAUGGAAGAGUUGGUCCGGACUGUGAGAUUCCGUUGCCGUUCGUUUGUGAAAACGGAGGAGUUAUGCCGUAUUGUUGCACUAACGGAGGAGUUGGACCCGAUUGUGUUGUUCCAAAGCCGAAGCCACCACCAACCCCGGUUAUUCAAUCUCAGCCGAAGCCGCCACCAACACCGGUGUACAACCCCAUACCUGCUCCGCCACAACCUCAAUUCUGCUCCAACGGAGGAACUCCACCGUACUGCACGAUCCAGAAUGCACCAUUCUGCCUCAACGGAGCUGCCCCGCCUUACUGUUGUUCGAACGGUGGCACUGGUCCCAACUGUAUUGUUCCAGGUCCUUGUCCUUAUGGAGGUGUUCCGCCAUACUGCUGUACAAACGGUGGUCAAGGUCCGUAUUGUAUAGUGUAUCAACCGGCCAUCGAGUACGGACCUUCCGUGGAGAUUGUCUACCAUCCACCGGUUUCCGUCCCGAUUCAACCAGCGACGUGUCCCUAUGGAGGAGUUCCUCCUUAUUGCUGUACUAACGGAGGUGACGGUCCGUACUGCGAACUUCCGGUUUACCAAAGCGGAUGCUCCAACGGAGGCGUAGAGCCUUACUGUUGUACUAACGGAGGCGACGGCCCAGAUUGCUCCAUCCAACCGUACUGCUCUAAUGGAGCGGUGCCGCCCUAUUGCUGUACCAAUGGCGGAGAUGGCCCGAACUGUGAAGUGCAGCCGCCAUCUUGUCCUUACGGGGGAGAACUUCCCUAUUGUUGCACAAACGGUGGACAAGGACCAAACUGCGAGGUCGUGACUACGGCCAAGCCAACGACCACCACUAGGAGAACAACCAUUACGACUAGACGUCCCACGACUACUACACGUCGAACCACAACGACUACCCGAAAGCCGACGACUACCACUACAAAGAGAACCACGACGGCAACCAGGCCAACAACCACCACCAGGAGAACUACAACGACUACUCGGAAGCCCACAACCACUACCCGUAGAACAACCACCACAACGCGUCCAACUACACGGCCCACCACAACGACUCGUAGAACAACUACUACUACACGUAAACCUACGACAACAACGCGUAGAACUACCACCACAACGCGUCGUCCAACGACAACAACCCGGAGAACCACCCCAGCGCCAUCGUACAAACCUUGUCCCCUGGGAGGAGAACCGCCGUUCUGCUGUACCAACGGAGGAAUCGGACCCAGCUGUGUCGUCCAAACGGUACGACCUCCGACCACAACUACACGCCGAACCACAACGACCACCCGUCGCACCACCACAACUACACGCCGACCUGCUCCGACGACCUACAAACCAACCUGCCCUGCGGGCGGAGUCCCACCGUACUGCUGUACAAACGGAGGUCAAGGACCAAGCUGCACCACCACAACGAGAAGACCCCCACCGACGACGACCUCCAAACCCACGUGUCCUUUCGGAGGAGUCCCACCGUACUGCUGCACGAACGGUGGUCAGGGGCCUAGCUGUGCUACGACGACAACGUCCCGGCCGAGCUGUCCUGCCGGAGGUGUUCCGCCGUACUGCUGUACCAAUGGCGGGCAGGGCCCGAACUGCGAGAGCCCGACGCCGCAAACCACGGAGAGUACCAACAACGGGUAUCUGCCUCCGGUUGAAGCGGAUGGCCAGAAUGGGUAUCAAUACAAGAAAGGUAACCUUCCGUUUCCGUUUUAAGGACGGAUUGGGCACUUUCAACGGUGCGAAUGAACGAAAUUAUUAGACAAAACUGUUGCGCCAUCUGCAUG